AUGUUAAGAGCUGGAAUCAAGGAGGAAGAAAGAUUCACCAUAGCUAGGUUUCAAAGUGGACUUAACUAUGAGAUCCGUGAUAAGGUAGAGCUUUUACCUUACCUAGAUCUCAAUGAUUUCGUUCAGCUAUGUGUGAGAGUGGAAGAGAAAAAUAGACGAAAAGCUUCCACUAAGAGGACCUACCCUACAACCUCCACAUAUAGGAAAGAUCCUAAGAGUGAGGGUAGUCACUCGAGGUAUGAAGAACCUCGCGAGAAAGAGAAAUUGAGAGGAAAGGAGACAAGACUCACAAAGAGCUUUCACGAGACUUUAAGAGUAGGGAGACCUGGUGUUUUAAGUGCGGGGAAAGGAGACAAUAUUUUACUGAGUGUCGUAUCAAGAGGUCAACCUACAUGCUUGAGCAUGCUAGUGAGGAGUCUUCCUCAACUAAGUCUGAGUUAUCCACAAAACCUAUUCCACACAUGCUGUAAAGUUUUACACAAAACUCGUUCUAUGAUUAUGGAUAGUGGUUCUUGUUGUAACUGUUGUAGCUCUAGAAUGGUUGAAAAGCUAGGCUUAACUACUACUCCUCAUCCAAAACCUUACAAACUUCAAUGGAUCAAAGAGGAUGAUGGGAUAGUAGUCAAGGAACAAGUAAGUGUUCCUAUAUCCAUUGGAAAAUAUGAAGAUCAAAUCAUUUGCAAUAUUGUUCCAAUGGAAGCUGAUCAUAUCUUACUUGGGCGACCUUGGCAAUUUGAUAAACAAGCUUUGCAUGAUGGGCUUUUAAGAGAAUUUGAUGAUCUCUUUCCUACAGAGGUCCCAAGUGGCUUACCACCUCUCAAGGGAAUAGAACAUCAAAUUGAUUUAAUUCCUGGGGCUAGCCUUCCCAAUAGGCCAGCCUAUAGGACUAACCCUAUUGAAGCAAAAGAGAUAGAGAACCAAGUCAGUGAUUUAUUGAACAAGGGGUGGAUCCAGAAAAUCCUAAGUCCUAGUGCGGUGUCGGUGUUGUUGGUUCCAAAGAAAGAUGGUUCAUGGAGGAUGUUUGGGAAAGACGUUGCCCAUGUUGAUCCUGAAAAGAUCAAGGCUAUCCAAGAGUGGCCUGUUUUGAAAACAGUGGGAGAAGUAAGAAGUUUUCUCGAUCUAGCUGGAUUCUAUAGACGUUUUGUAGAAAAUUUCUCCAGUAUUGCUGCUCCCCUUAAUGAGCUUAUAAAGAAAAAUGUGCCAUUCAAUUGGGGUGAUAGACAAGUCUUGGCCUUUGAGACCUUAAAGCAUAAGUUAACACAUGCACCCAUUCUACACUUACCUGAUUUUUCCAAAGCUUUUCAGGUAUGUAAUGCAUAUGGGGUAGGGAUAGGAGCAAUCUUAAUUCAAGAAGGUCAUCCAAUCGCUUACUUUAGUGAAAAACUACGGGGACCAACUUUAAACUAUCCUACCUAUGACAAGGAGUUGUAUGCCCUCAUACGAGCAUUGAAGACUUGGGAGCAUUACUUGGUGUCGCGAGAGUUUAUUAUCAACACUAACCACGAAUCUCUCAAGUAUCGUAAAGGGCAAGGAAAAUUGAACAAGAGACACACAAAGUGGGUAGAAUUCCUCGAGCAGUUUCCCUAUGUCAUCAAACAUAAAAAGGGGAGUACUAAUGUUGUUGCGGAUGCUUUAUCUAGACGCCAUGAAGGGUAUCUUUAUAACAAGGGAAAACUUUAUAUACCCCAAGGAUCCAUUAGAAAGCUUCUUAUAAAAGAAAGUCAUGAAGGAGGACUCAUGGGCCAUCAUGCAGUUGACAAAACUCUAAAUAUUUUGAAAAGUAAAUUUUAUUGGCCACACAUGAUAGUAGACGUCCAAAAGCAUUACUCUAGUUGUAUAGCUUGUUUACAAGCUAAAUCCAAAGUCAUCCCUCAUGGACUUUACCUUCCUCUUCCAAUAGCUAGUGCCCCUUGGGAGGAUAUUAGUAUGGACUUUUUCCUUGGCUUACCAAGAACUCAAAAGGGGUUUGAUUCUAUCUUUGUGGUGGUUGAUCGAUUUAGUAAAAUGGCUCACUUUAUACCUUGCCACAAAGUAUAUGACGCUAGCUAUAUAGCAAGCCUCUUCUUUAAAGAAGUAGUCAAAUUACAUGGCUUACCCAAAACUAUAGUAUCUGAUAGAGAUGUUAAGUUCCUUAGCUACUUUUGGAAAACAUUAUGGGCCAAGCUAGGAACUAAACUACUAUUUUCUACUACGUGUCACCCUCAAACUGAUGGGCAAACCAAAGUAGUAAAUAGAUCUCUUUCCACUCUAUUACGGGUAAUGUUAAAAGGUAAUCAUAAAAAUUGGAAUGAUCAUCUACCUCAUAUAGAGUUUACUUAUAAUAGAGUAGUCCACAAGACUACUAAUCUUUUUCCUUUUGAGGUUGCCUAUGGUUUUAACUCUUUCACACCUCUUGAUCUACUACCUCUUCCCCUAGUUUGGCUUCAUUUGAGAAAUGAUAGAUUUCCAUCUCGACGCAAGUCCAAACUUAGUCCAAGAGGUGAGGGUCCUUUCAAGGUGGUCAAGAAAAUAAAUGACAAUGCAUACAUGUUAGAUCUUCUUGAAAGUUAUGGUGUCAGUCCUACUUUUAACAUCUACGACUUAAUUCCUUUCACAGGAGAUGCCCAACAGGUACCAGCAGAUCUGAGGACAGAUCCUAUUCAAGAGAAAGGGACUAAUGUAGGACCAUCCAAGAUGCACAUAGGACCUCUAACAAGAGCCAUGGCCAAGAGGAUUCAAGAAGAAGAAGGAUCACUUACUACAUUACUUUUAUGGAAUAUCAAAUAG